UCCUAUAAAUUCCCAGACGCAAAAGAAAACUAGAAAACCACAUCAUAUCCAUAUAUAUCCCCUUCGGCCUCAACCUCUUCUCUUUCUCUACUCUAAUAGCAACUCAACCUUCAUUUCUCACUUCUCAGCUCUUCAUCCGAAAACGCUGUCGUUUCAUUUCUCCCAUACCCCGAUUCUUGUCUAAUCCUAAAAAGGUAAAACACUUCAACACACCACCAUCACCAUCGCCUCCUCUUCAAAAAACUGAAACCCUAGACAAUUUUAUCUAUUUCCGAUCUUGCCCUUCCCACUGGAAUUCCAUCACGGCUGACUUCAAAACGCGUUACUCCCGUGUCGUUUCGAGGCUGUGAGCUCUGUGAGAUUGGAGGAUGGUGGGUGGAGGUAUCAGGAGAGACGAGGCGCCGGUCAUAAACAGUACCAACGUGUUCGCCGCCCUCGGAAGCCUCAAGAAGAAGAAGAAGAAGCCUGAGAAGGACCAACAGGGUUCUUCCAAGGGAAGAGGCGCCGCGGCGGAGGCGGAAUCCGAGAAGAAGGAGGUUUUCUGGGCUCCGGCUCCUCUCACCGCCAAGUCUUGGGCUGAUGUUGAUGACGAAGACGAUGACGAUUACUAUGCAACCACUGCACCUCCUCAGGCCGUUUGGGCUUCAUCCACUGCUGCUCCCUCAGCUUCGGUGACUGAGGCCGAGGCCGCCGGAGAGGAAAGUGAGAGUGAGAUAGAAGGUCUUGAUGAUGUUGAAGAUGAAGCUGAGGAUGAACAUGAAAAUAGCUCAGAAGUGCAUGUAGAAGCUGAGCCUGUUCUUAAAAGACCUCCUGAACCUUCGCCAGCUACCAAAGAAACUGAAAGGCAACUUUCAAAGAAGGAAUUGAAGAAAAAAGAGCUUGAAGAGCUUGAAGCUGUUUUGGUUGAGCUAGGAUUACAAAAAGAACCCAGUGGUCAGGAUGACUCCCAUGGUGCUGAGAAGAAGGAAGAUGAUCGCAAUGGAGAGGUGGAGAAGAAGGAGAAUGCUGCUGGGGAAAGCAAAAGUGCAAAAAAGAAGAAAAAGAAGGAUAAAUCUUCAAAGGAACAGAAAGAACCACAAGACCAGCCUGAUGGCGUGGAUGUCAAUAAUGCAACUUCUGAGACUGCAGGAUCUGAGAAGGCCGAUGAUGCAUCGUCAACUGAUGUCAAAGAGCGGCUUAAGAAAGUUGCCUCUAUGAAGAAGAAAAAGUCAAGCAAGGAGAUGGAUGCGGCUGCACGCGCAGCUGCUAGUGAGGCUGCUGCACGGAGUGCAAGGCUUGCCGCAGCCAAGAAAAAAGAAAAGGCACACUACAAUCAGCAGCCGGUUCGGUAAACAGGCUGCCAAAAGUAUUUGUAUCUUCCUUUUGUUGUUUAUUUUUGCUCGUCUUCCUCAUUUACUAUCUUUCUUUAUCAUAUAUGAGCAUAUGCUCUCUGUUCAUUUUAAAAUGCAAAAUAAACAUUGAUGUAGCGGCUUUAGAUAAACUUGACUUCGAGUUAGUUGUGGGGAUAUAGGAGUAUAUGUUUAUCUA